AUGCGAGUCACAGAUAAUGGAGCUGUCUCAGAAGCAUUUGUAGUGGCCAACGGAGUGAAGCAGGGCUGCGUCCUCGCACCUACCUUCUUCAGUCUCAUGUUCUCUGCCAUGCUGAUGGACGCCUACCAUGACGAACACCUCGGGAUCAGCAUCGCCCAGAGGACGGACGGCCAACUCCUCAACCACCGACGAAUGCACUUUCAGUCGCGUGUAUCCACAACGAGGAUCCAUGAAAUCCUCUUCGCCGACCACUGCGUCCUCAAUGCAACUACUGAAGGAGACACGCAACGGAGCAUGGAUCUCUUCUUUGCCGCCUGCGGCAAAUUCUUCCUGGUCAUCAACACGGAGAAGACGGUGGUUAUGCACCAACCGCCACCCGACGCUGCCUACGUUGCACCCCAAAUCAACGUGAAUGGCGCCAAGCUGCAAAUCGUGGACAACUUCGCCUACCUGGAAAGUACCCUCUCUCGUAGCACCAAAGUCGACAAUGAAGUGAUCCGGCGGAUCUCCAAAGCCAGCCAAGCCUUCGGCCAUCUGCAAAGCACGGCGUGGAAUCGUCACGGUCUCCACCUUAACACCAAACUGAACAUAUACAAGGUAGUCAUCCUGCUGACGCUGCCGUAUAGAGAGGAGACCUGAACGGUCUACAAGACGCAAGCGCGGAGACUCAAUCACUUCCACCUCAGUUGUCUUUGACAGAUACUGAAGCUGAGGUGGCAGGACCGGAUCCCGGACAUGGAUGUACUGGAGCAGACGGGAAUCCUCAGCAUCUACGCCAUGCUGAGACAGCUGCAACUGCGUUGA